AUGGAUACAGAAGAUAGCCCUAGCUCACUCGAUGAAAUGAGUUCUCUGGAUGACGAUUUUUAUGCAAUGUAUCUUGAAUCUGACGAUUCUAAUGAAGAAGGUACUGAUGAUGACAUGGAUUCACAUACUUGGAAUGAAAUAGAACCAGAAUCCGACGCAGAAUUCCUCGAGGAUCAUGGACUCAUCGAAGAAGUAACUUCUAUUUCAGGCGAUAAUACAAUCAAUCCUAUCGAUUGCUAUCGGCAUUUCAUAACGGACGAAAUUAUUGACCUCAUAGUUCGUGAAACUA